AUGCUGGAUUUGUCGUUCUAUCGGUUCUUUGAAGAGUAUGGUACUACUCAGGACGGUGAGUUUACAUCAAUCACCAAACGUUGCCUUGCAACAUUGUCUUAUGGAGUCUUGACCCCUGCCGGGGGGGGACGGCCCUGCUACAACUGUUUGUACAUUCUUCCGCCUGCCCAGCAGGACCGGAUCUUGAAAAUUGUACAAUGGUUUCUCUCGAAAAGUCUCAAUGUGGCCAACAAAACUUGGCUCAAACUUACUCCUGAUGUCCUCAAGUAUUGGCAACCAGCUUCUGCUAUUGUUGCCCCCGCUACUCCUGUUGGAUCUGAUUCCCGGAAAUCCUUUGUUGAAAGUGCUGCCGCAAAAUUUUGGAAGACAAUCAAAAAUCACUCUGUUACCUGGAAUACAAAUAUUUGUAUGAAACUCCGUAUCCACGGUGUUCAACUGGUUCUUGACCCGGAUUACUUGCCCCAGACCGUCGACGAGACGGAUGCGUUUGUUGAAAUGCAGAAUUUUGUUUUUGGCGUGUUCAACGAUAUUUUGUUGCCCCCUCGUGUGCGUGGAAUUCUCCACAGGCAUGUGAAUGAAUUGGAUGCUCAGGCGGUUUACCGCAACCUUGUUGACUUGUACGGUAAAGGUAUUAACGCACAGAUCACGGCCACGGCCAUUGAAACAAAGCUCACUCUGUAUUUGUUUACGACUUCAAACCCUCCGAGUCCUGACACCAAUGAAGACCCCCAGUGGACCCCAUUGCUCAUGGCGCACCGACAGAUUCUUCGCCAUUUUCUGCAUUGGCAGGCAUCACUUGAACGGCAAAAGGGAAGUCCUUUGGAAAAUUCGGAGCUUGUUGCAUUGACUAGUGGAGAUUUCAUUUUAUAUCGACGCUCGGCACUCGGACAAGUCUCUAAUGUUCCGGCCACCACCAGUCCUUCGCUGAACAACCAGUUAAGUACGUCCGCAAAAGCUCAAUCGGCAGUCGACGAAUUCAAGCGAGGAGUCAAGCGUGACAAGACCCACUAUCCUAUCCUUAAGGACGACCGAUACUGGGACAAUUUCUACCGGUCUUUCGUGGUCACCGCGGUAUCCCAUAACGUUGAAAAGGUACUUGACCCGUCGUAUGCACCAACGGACCCCUCAGAGAAGUCUCUCUUUGAGGAACAGAAGAAAUUUGUGUACUCUGCUUUGGAACAUACACUUCAGACAGAUAUGGUGAAAAACCUUGUUCGCGAACAUAGUUUUGACUUCAAUGCUCAAGAAGUUUUCCGUAGGGUUGUCAAGCACUACACAGAGUCUGCCAGUGCCAAGAUUGGGUCCUCCAACACUUUGGCCUACCUCACUACGGCAAAAUAUGGCACAUCCUGGACAGGAACGGUGGAAGGUUUCAUCCUUCAUUGGAAGAACCAUCUCCGCAUCUACAAUGACAUGGUCCCUAUGGCAGAGCAGCUACCUAAACAGCUUUGCCUCAGUUUGCUUGAAAACGCUGUACACGACAUCCCUGAAUUCCGCCAGAUCAAGAUCACCGCUACUUUAGACUUAGCUAAAGGAGGCACUCCUCUCAACUACAAAGGUUACCUGAGUCUAUUGCUUGCCUCUGCUUCUCUAUACAAUAAAGGGAACAACCUUUCUAAUUCUCGUAGUGCCAAGAGCAAGCGUAGCGCUUUUUUGACCGACCUCUCGUAUGAUCAACCGGACUUCACCGAAGACAAUGGAAUUGACUAUGAUAUUGAUCUCUCUCCUGCAGCGAUCUAUGAGGCAAAUGCUCACAACCGCAAAGCCAGUCCAUCUGGUCACCGUAGUUGCAAUCCGGCAACCAAUCGAAAGCGUCCGUAUAUCCCUCGCGAGAUGUGGAAUCAGCUUUCUGAUGAUGCCAAAGCCAUUCUCCAAGGCCUGUCCGCACCCGACAAGGGCCCUAAUUGUUCCGGCAAUGUCUCGCAACGUGCGUUGGAAGCGAAUACCCACACUCAAACGAUAAUUCUGAUGAUGCCAAAGCCAUUCUCCAAGAUCCCGACAAGCCCUCCGAUGUGCGUUUUUUAG